CCCACCCCAACGCCCGAACACCUCUCUGCUUCUCAAUCCCUAUUGUCUCUCUCCCUCGCUCGCGCUACGCCGCCGCUUGUUUCGAUCUCCGCCACAGCCGCUCGUUGCUACCGCCACCGUCGCCGCCACCGCCGCGCUCUAAUAACAUAUUCUCGACCCCUCAGUCCUAAUAUCAAAAAAUUUUUUGGAACUCCGGAAAAUCAAUCAGAGGCCAUAGAAUUGAUUGUCCUUGCCCUGAGCGGUAAGUUUUGAUUCAAAUGAGUUCACUUUCAUUACUCAGGCCAAGAAAAUUUGGGAAGUUCUCCUCAGUUUUGGGCAUUUCACAUAAAAUUUACGAGAAUCUUGGCUCAUUCUCACCCAAGAUCAUCAAAUCCUUCCUGAAUCCAUGUGCCCACCAAUCGCAUACUCAAAGCCUUUGGAAGGUUUUUCCGUUAGGCAUAUUGUAUUCAACUCAAUCCUCCAAACUUCCUGAAUAUGAGAUGCCUACAGUCACCUGGGGAGCCGUUCAAGGGCGGAAAGAAAAACUUGUGUCUCGGGUUAUAAUUUGUGACUACUUAAAAAGUUUGGGUAUUGUUCCUGAUGAAUUAGAACACUUGGAGUUGCCUUCUACAGUUGAAGUCAUGAGAGAGCGUGUUGAGUUUCUUCAGAAGUUAGGAUUGACAAUAGAUGACAUUAACGAGUUCCCAUUAAUGCUAGGCUGUAGUGUUCGUAAAAAUAUAAUACCUGUACUAGGUUACUUGGAGAAAAUUGGGAUUCCGAGGCCAAAACUUGGAGAAUUUGUCAAGAAUUAUCCACAGGUCUUGCAUGCCAGUGUCAUUGUUGAGCUUGCUCCUGUUGUUAAGCUUCUUCGUGGACUCGAUGUCGAGAAACAAGAUAUUGGAUAUGUCCUCCAGAAGUAUCCUGAGCUUUUGGGUUUUAAGCUUGAAGGGACCAUGAGCACAUCUGUUGCAUAUCUUGUAAGUAUAGGUGUUAUUCCGAGAGAUAUCGGACCAAUGGUCACACAAUACCCUUACUUUUUGGGGAUGAGAGUUGGAACCAUGAUCAAGCCUCUUGUUGAGUUUAUUGUCUCUCUAGGUUUGCCAAAGAAGAUAGUAGCGAAAAUGCUCGAGAAGCGAGCAUACAUACUUGGUUACGAUCUUGAAGAGACAGUGAAACCCAAUAUAGAUUGCUUGCUAAGCUUCGGGAUUAGAAAGGAGUUGCUUCCUUCAGUGAUCGCACAAUAUCCGCAAAUUCUCGGGUUGCCUCUAAAAGCUAAGUUGUCUUCUCAGCAAUUCUUCUUCGACCUAAAGCUCAAGAUCGACCCUGCAGGGUUCGCACAAGUGAUCGAAAAGAUGCCACAGAUAGUCAGCCUUCAUCAACACGUGAUAAUGAAACCAGUAGAGUUUCUUCUUGGACGUGGAAUACCCUCGUUCGAUGUUGCUAAGAUGGUUACAAAAUGUCCCCAGCUGGUUGCUUGUCGUGUAGAACUCAUGAAAAACAGUUACUACUUCUUCAAGUCCGAGAUGGGUAGGCCAGUGAAAGAGCUUGUCGACUUCCCUGCAUAUUUUACAUACAGUUUGGAAUCGAGGAUAAAACCGAGGUACCAGAGAUUGCAGAGCAAGGGAAUCAGAUGUUCAUUAAAUUGGUUUCUCAACUGCAGUGACCAAAGAUUUGAGGAGAGAUUGAAGGGUGAUUACAUUGAAACAGAGAGUUUGGGGCCAUCAUUUUGUAUGGGAGGGAGGUUAGAGCUACCAGGGAAUGAGAUUGUAUCAGAUGAUGAGGAAGAUGAUAGUGAUGAACAACUUCUUCAUAGACGCAUUGUUUCUCUUUAGAAAACUCCCCCUUUUAUUUAUUCAAUUUUGCUCUUAUAAUAUUCUUUUAAAGUGAUCAUAUUUGGCAAAAUAGCUUGGGUUCUUUGGUAACCUGGUAUUAAA